CGGCGGACCGCCGCCCCAAGCCAACGCGCCCAAACCCUUCUUCCCGCUGGGCCUCAAGUGCUCGAUUGUGCACAACGUUGCGUGCGGCCUAGCCUACCUCCACGAGCGAUCGCCGCCCGUCAUCCACCGCGACCUGUCGGCACGAAACGUUCUCCUUACCUCGGGGAUGGUAGCCAAGAUAGCGGACCUGGGCGUGGCUCGUAUCAUACCUCGUAUGAGGGCUGCAGCCACCAUGACAAAGGGACCUGGGGCCAUAAUUUACAUGCCUCCAGAGGCCAUGGAAGAAAAGCCCGAUGAUGAAGAUGUAUCGAAAGCAAACUCACUGUGCAGUGCUAUUUAAAGAACACGGAACCACCACGUGGAAUGGCCAGAGGAUCUGCAACAACCGAUGGUCAAUUUGCAUACUUCACCCCGUGGGACUCCACCUCGGUCUACCGGUACGAAUUGAGUACAGAGAAAUGGGAGGAACUUCCUUCAUGUCCAUACUACGACUCUGGAUUAGUCAUUAUUGAAGGGGAGCUGAAUGCUGUGGGGGGGAUGGAGAUUUCCUCGCUUUUCCAACAAGCUAUUAACGCUGCAGUGGGGGAAGUGGGACAGAGAGUACCCUCCAAUGAGCACUUCGCGCUCGUUUCCUGCCGUAGCCACCACAGCUGACGGUGAAUUCCUCGUUGUGAUUGGGGGCAGUCUUGGCAUUAACUGGAGUCUGGCAGUCGAGCUGUUUCAAAUGAAGAGCAGACUGUGGUUCAAACUAACAGACUUACCGCAAUCCCUCCCCCGCCCUUCAGCCACAAUAUAUGGCAAUGUAGUUCAUGUCAUAGGAAUUGGCGACAAAGGCUACUCGUGCCCUCUUCGGCUACCGUCCAGUGAUCAACAAAUUGUGUCACUUACCCCUCUAUCUUGGAAACGCCUACCACCCCUUCCAUUAACACAGUCAACAGCUGCCACUCUCUGCGGACAGCUGGUCAUCGUUGGUGGUGUCGAAAACAGGCCGCUACGCAACUCAAUUCACAUGCUGGUGGAUAGGGAGUGGCUGGAGAUUGGGCACAUGGCCAGCGAUCGGAAGUGGUGUCUAUUAGUCAGUACAUCGCCAGACAAAAUGAUUAUUCUAGGUGGGUGGGGAGCACUGCAGAGUAUCGAAGAAUGUAUUUUUGUGUAGAAUGUAUAUAA